CUGUGACAGGUACGCACCACUUGUAACUUGUUGGGAGCAAUGGCCGACAAGGUGACAACGUCAGCACUAUGGGUAUCGGACUACAUUUCCCGUCAUCCUCGACGCUUCCGGGGCGCGUGCUCCCCGCCCACGGUCUGUACGCGUGCGCUGAGCCGGCCGGCCAACAUGGCGACCUUCGUGGAGAUCCUGAGAAGCGAGUUCCCGCAGCUGGACGCCGAGCUUUUCCAAUACGUGACCGAUGUUCUUGACAGUGGACGGUCAGACUUUGAAUCAGAGAAUGACUUGUUUGACGCAGUGGGGGAACUGCUGCAAGAUGUGUCGGGAGAUACCAAAGAUGAUGAGGACAUUAAAGACAUCUGUCUCAGGAUGUACAGAACAAUGCGUAUGGAGAAUCAUCAGGUCCCUUCACAAUCACAGGUGCUACUGGAUGCUCCAAUCCAACUCUCCCAAAUUACUGACUACGAUGUUGACCCUCAGAUCUUGAACGUGUUGCUGAUGAAAAAGGACCAGUCUUCGACUGUUAAUGUGAAGAAGUUGGAAAGGGCAGAAGCCAAACUGAAGUCAAAACAAGAAAAGCGGUCUGAACGGGACUCGCAGAAAGUCGGUGGUAAUGUAGUAAUGGAAGAGGCUUCAGCCAGUCAAGCUGGUAGUAAGAAGGAGAAUCGAAUAGAAUCCAGUGGCAAGAACAAGUCAUAUGACAUCCGAAUCGAGAACUUUGAUGUGUCUUUUGGAGAGAGGGUCCUGUUAGCAGGUGCUGAGUUGCAUUUAGCAUCAGGUCGGCGAUAUGGUUUAGUGGGCAGAAACGGUCUGGGUAAAACAACGUUAUUGAAGAUGCUUGCUAGUCGCAGCCUUCGUGUUCCCUCGCACCUCAGCAUUCUACACGUGGAGCAAGAGGUGGCCGGAGAUGAAACACCAGCUCUACAAAGUGUGUUGGAGUGUGAUACAUUACGUGAGAGUCUACUGCAAGAGGAGAAAGCACUUAAUGCACGGAUCAGUGCGGGAAAGGGUGACGGUUCAGAGACUGCCCGCCUGUCGGAGAUCUACAGCAAACUAGAAGAAAUUGAGGCUGACAAAGCCCCUGCCAGAGCCUCUGUGAUCCUUGCUGGGUUGGGAUUCAAACACUUUAUGCAACAGCAACUGACCAAGGAGUUCUCUGGUGGAUGGCGCAUGAGGUUGGCUUUGGCCCGGGCCUUAUUUGCCAGGCCUGACCUGCUAUUGCUGGAUGAACCUACAAACAUGUUGGAUGUACGAGCCAUCCUAUGGUUGGAGAACUACUUGCAGACCUGGCCAUCCACUAUCCUAGUUGUUUCCCAUGACCGUAAGUUCCUAAAUGCAGUGGCCACAGACAUUGUGCAUCUGCACAGCCAACGGUUGGAGGCGUAUCGUGGCAACUUUGAGAGCUUCUUGAAAAUCAAGGAAGAACGCUUGAAGAAUCAGCAGCGGGAAUACGAGGCUCAGCACCAGUAUCGGGAACACAUACAGGUUUUCAUUGAUCGGUUUCGGUACAAUGCUAACCGGGCUUCUCAAGUGCAGAGUAAACUCAAACUGCUGGAGAAACUGCCAGAUCUAAAACCUUUAGAAAAGGAGUCAGAGGUGGUAUUAAAGUUUCCUGAUGGCUUUGAGAAGUUUUCUCCCCCAAUCCUGCAGUUGGAUGAAAUUGAUUUCUGGUAUUCUUCAGACAAGCCAAUAUUCAAGAAUCUUUCUGUGUCUGCAGACCUAGAGUCUCGAAUCUGUGUGGUGGGAGAGAAUGGAGCAGGAAAAUCCACUAUGUUGAAGCUGUUGAUGGGAGAGCUGUCUACUGUGAAUGGGAUCCGAAAUGCACACAGGAACCUUAAGAUUGGUUACUUCAGUCAACAUCAUGUGGAUCAGCUGGACCUUAACGUUAAUUCUGUGGAACUACUUGCAAAACGCUUCCCAGGUAAAACUGAGGAGGAAUACCGCCACCAGCUUGGCAGCUAUGGGAUUUCUGGUGAACUUGCAGUGAGGCCUGUUGUCAGUCUUUCUGGAGGCCAAAAGAGUCGUGUUGCUUUUGCUCAGAUGACCAUGCCAUGUCCCAACUUUUACAUUCUGGAUGAACCCACGAAUCACUUAGAUAUGGAGACCAUUGAAGCUUUGGGCCAAGCACUGAAUAAAUUCCGGGGAGGAGUGAUCCUAGUUUCUCACGACGAGCGGUUUAUCCGACUUGUUUGUCGGGAGCUAUGGGUCUGUGAAAAUGGCGGAGUGACUCGAAUGGAGGGAGGUUUCGAUGAAUACCGGGACAUCUUGCAGGAACAGUUCCGCAAAGAGGGCUUCCUAUAAUUGAACUCUACAAGAGUUUGGCAAUGCUCUUGUGUUUUUCCCCAGCUUCGUGGGUGUCCUGUGCAUACUGACUGUCACAAAUUGGGGAGCAAGAAUUCUGACCUUUAAACAAGCGGGUGUUCUGCAAAGAUAUGCUCCAGGAGCCUGCAGCUAAGACUGAUAGGUUUGAGAGCUGAGGAAUGAUAUUUAUUAUCCAAGCAGUAAAGACUGAGCAGUGAUAGGAUUUGUUUAUGUGAAAUUAUGUUAUGCUGCACAUUACCAUAUUUAACCAAUUCAUUUCUUUUAUGCCCUCCUGAGACUUACUGCAAAUCCAAUCCUAAAUUACAUACUUUGCUGUUUAUUUAAUAUGUAAAUCAAAGUUGAUGCUGCUCAUUAACAAAUGCUGUUCAUUUUAUACUGCAGAUCUAUUGAUUAAUGAGGAUUUUAACUUAAUGGUUCUGCUUUCUAUCACCCCACUGUGCCAUGUACAUCUUGUGUAAUAUAAGUAGUAGAAUCGUUUGUCUAUGAUUUUAUUAUUUGUUACUGUCAGGACAUCCCAGCUCACAGAUUAUGCUGGCAUUAAGCCAGUAGGCAAGGGCUUAGGGUCCUUGUUGAUAAGUUAAUGGUUAGUGGACAACAUUUUCUCUUAUGUAUAAAUGAAACACACUUGAGUCCUCCAGCCUUUACAUACAGUAUAGUAGGUGUGCAGUCGCUUACUAUGUUCCAUACAGAGAAUAUUUUAUGUUCUUUAUUUGCCACAAUUCUAGCGAUUUAGCUAGGUAAAGCCUGAUAAAAUGAUGCCAGUUCUCAUAGUAGUGUGCAGUCAACAUCUUGCUCAGUGUAAACAGCUAUCUCUCGCUUCCUGUUAAGUUAUUAGGGGUGCCAGGAGAUGUGAAACUACCAAGGUGUAAAUAAAGAGCAAAAUGACCAUA